CCACUGAAAUUCACCUCAAGCACCGGAUGUUUGGUAGAACAACCUUUGAAACCAACUUAUUACGGUCAAGGAGUAAAAACAGCAUUACAAACAAGUGGAUUAAGCAGGAGCAGGCUAUGGGAAGAUCAGGGACGUACGACGGGGGAAGUUGCGGCUCGCGCCAGUGAAGAGGAAAUAAUCACAAUGCUGCCUUCUCAUGAAUCAUUAAGUAGCCCCAUGCCUCUUAGCUCGACUCAAAACGCUGCAUUUUCAUCUAUGGGUCUGAAAGGGUGUUUUUUGACAGCAGUAUUACUGCUGAUAAGCAAGACUCUGCCAGCUGAUCAAGUACUGAGACAAGCAUCCUGAGCAGCAGCUACACAGCAGCACUAGUCACUAUGAGCAGUGGCAGUCAGUAGCAGCAGCACUAACAGCAGAAGCAGCAGCAACAGCAACUCUCUCGUGCCUUUUUUCUUCUUCUUUGUGUAGUUAUAAUCUGUUCUGAGAUCAACGGCCAGGGAAGACGGGACAAGUGGAUCAGGGCUGAUAGCUGUCAUCAAAACAACCCCAAACGCAGACCUGGCUGCCCACAUGCCGAUCGAAUUUGUUUGCAAAAUCAAAUUUGCAGAGGAGGAUGAGAAGCAGAAAGGCAAACAGGAUGGGGACAAGGAGAGUCUGAUUGAGGAGAGCUGCACUCCUCCAGCUAAGGACCUGGUUGGCUUUGCCAACUCCAGCUCUCUCCAUGGGAUUAACCACAUCUUUGUCUCGGGGCGCCUGGGCAUUCGGCAGACCCUCUGGGCACUUGCCCUUUUGGCUUCUCUGGCACUCUUUUUGUACCAGGCAGCAAAGUGUGCCAUCUCAUACCUGGAGCACCCUCACGUCACGGCUUUGAAUGAGGAAGCAAGCCCUGAGAUGGUCUUUCCUGCUGUGACCAUCUGCAACAUCAACCGCUUUCGUUUCUCUGCUCUCACCGAUGCCGACAUCUACCACCUGGCUAACCUCACAGGUCUACCUCCAAAAAACCGAGAUGGCCACAAGCCCACUGAUUUGGACUAUCCUGCGCCCGACAUGCAGGACAUCUUCAACCGGACGGGACAUCAGCUGGAUGAGAUGCUGAAGAGCUGCAACUUCAGUGGACAGAACUGCUCUGCCGAGGACUUCUCUGUGGUCUAUACAAGAUAUGGAAAAUGCUACACUUUCAAUGGGAACAAGUCGACGUCCAGGAAAACCAAGCAAGGUGGAAUGGGAAAUGGGCUGGAGAUAAUGUUGGAUAUUCAACAGGACGAGUAUCUCCCCAUCUGGAAAGAGACAAAUGAGACGUCGUUAGAGGCAGGGAUCCGCGUGCAGAUCCACAGCCAGGAUGAGCCUCCCUACAUCCACCAGCUGGGCUUCGGAGUCUCCCCGGGAUUCCAGACCUUUGUUUCAUGUCAGGAACAAAGGCUGACCUACCUGCCCCAGCCCUGGGGGAACUGCCGCUCCACCAGCGACCAGAUGAUCCCGGGAUAUGACACCUACAGCAUCAGUGCCUGCCGCCUGCGCUGCGAGACCAGGGAGGUGCUCCGGGAAUGCAACUGCAGGAUGGUACACAUGCCUGGAACUGCUGAUAUUUGCACUCCCAGUAACAUCAAGUGUGUGGACAAGGCGCUUGCCCUUCUCCAGAAGAGCACUGGGGACAGCUGUCCCUGUGAGACACCAUGUAACCUGACCCGCUACGGCAAGGAGCUCUCCAUGGUCAAGAUCCCCAGCAAGGGCUCCGCUCGCUACCUGUCCAGGAAGUACGACAAGUCUGAGGAGUAUAUCAGAGACAACUUUCUGGUGUUGGAUAUCUUCUUUGAGGCUCUUAACUAUGAAACAAUUGAACAAAAGAAAGCGUACGAUGUUGCAGGUUUACUAGGUGACAUUGGAGGCCAGAUGGGCUUGUUCAUUGGAGCCAGUAUUUUGUCCAUUUUAGAAAUAUUGGAUUAUGUUUACGAGGUGAUAAAGCACAGGCUGCAGCGUCUGCUGAGGCCACAGAAGGAUGAGAAGAAACAACAAACGACCACUGUUGCCACUGUGGAUCUGCAAGAUAUGAAAGCCAAUAAGGAGUCCAGUGACAUGACCAGAAGUCACCCAGAAGGAGCCUACGCCAAUACGAUUCUACCGAAUCACCAUCUCCCCCACCACCAAGGACAGCCACAUGGAGUGUUUGAGGACUUUGCCUGCUAGACUCAGUGGCCAUCUUUCCACCCUGAUGACAAUAAAAUGACAAUAAAAUAUGUCCUCUCAGACCCUGGGACCUCAGUUCUAUACCUUUCUUGCUGUCACCAGUGGAAAAAGCUACAGCCAAAGUCGAACACCAAACCUGUGCUGCUAAUAGACCACUUGUAUGUAAGCACAGAUUGGACCCCACAGUACUGUCCGGCUGGAGACGCCCACCUUCGAUCCCUAUUCUGGUUAUUUUGGUACAUGGUCACCACAUGGGAACAAGACAAGGACUGCAUGUCAUCUUGAGCCAUCUUGAUAUACUCACCUCAAAUAUCUUGAUGUAUGUACCACUCUUAAUCUUGUUUCCACCAAACUAUUUGUCAAUAAGUUCUCACUUACUAUUUUGAAUCAUAUCAUUGUAAAUGAUGUAAUUAUUUACUGAGAUAUUAUAAUUUCCCCUUUAUAUUGUAUACAAGAUGAGACUCGAUAAGACAAGUGGUCAUAUUCAAUCUAACCAUUAUAUAGAGAUAUCAGCAAACAAAAUCAGAGAAGAUAUUACACUGAUCUUUUAGCGAGUUAAACCCCUACUACACUUACUUUGAUGAUAGGGCCCGUACUAUAUACACACACUGUGUCUCGUUUAUAGUAAAGGUGUGUUAGAGAUUAGUAUUAUAUAUGUACUGUACAUGGUUCCAACCUGAGUACAAAGAGAAAGCACUGUUUUAAAUGGAUAAUGAUUCAUUUAAUAUAUAACUAAUACAAAUGUUGGUAAUUUAUUGAUAUAUUUUAGAGAAUAUUAUUUUUUAAAUAAUAUGAUUGUAGCUUCUUCUUGCUUAUUAGUGAAACCAGUCGGAAAGGUGAUGAUUGGAAUUGCAUUGCUCCAGGCAAUUAAUAUAUUUUUCAGAUUUACUGACUUGGGUAAAGGUGAAGUUCUUACAGCAAUUACGGUAUCCAAAUUAGGACAGCACUCAAAGGUAAUGAAUAACAACAAGCGUGACAUGGAUGAAUCAUUUGGGCCCUUCUGCAAAUGCUGUGGUCAUUUCAAUGACAAAGUCCCCAUUAAGGUUGCUUAAUGUUAUAUAUAUUCUAUAACAGAUGUGUGACACAAGUUUAAUGCCCCCACAGUUUAAAGCCAAAGCAACAAAUGAGAGGGUGAUUUUUUUUGGAACCAAACCAACAACCAUUCCCUUUCACUAUAUGCCAGUCCUGUGGGGAACAGUUUGUAGUUCGGCACACAUUUGCAUGUGGGAACUAUAACACACAUCGUUGAACACAUUCAACAGACUGUAGUACCUGAUCUCCUCCAUUUAAAGAAAGAGCCAGAAUAUUAUUUUCCCAAAAUCCCUGUUGGAAGUAAACUGACUUCCAAAAUAAUUGUUUUAUGUCUCCUGCACACUCUCUUGGCUUAAAUAGUGAAUUUGAUAAAGAAAAAGCUGAUCUAGGACUAAACUGCUGUCAACUCUCCUAAGUGAAACAGUCUCCGUGAAAGACCUAUCAAAGACCUUUGAGUACUAUCUGACAAUCCACUGUGGGUUUAAGACCUCCACCAUUUUGUUGGAUUUUGCUGGGUUAUUUAUUUUUACCUCGCAUUACAGCAUAUAUGAUCACAUAAAUAGAUGUCAAGAUGUUAUCAACUAUUUCUUAAUCAUUUGGUUUGUGAUCUUAAUAUUGGUAACCAUACUGUAGUCGAGUGCUCCGAGCUGUGCUUUGUUAGACAAGUCCACAAUGAAAUUACACAUUCAUCAGCGUAGAGAAUCCACUGUUGCCCAUGUCAAGUAAUCAUGGGUUUUAAACAUGGCUUUUAAGUAUUCAUAAUCAUGUGUCACUAUGACAUUUUCAAAGGUUCCCAAUCACAGUCUCUGAUGGCAUCCUGUACUGGCUCGGCAUACAAACUUUCUCCUCGGUCAUCACUAACACUAUCCUCUCCACUAAAGACAGGCCACACACACAGAUGAGAUGCUGUACAAGGGUGAAUGUGGGGUCAAAACGCAAUCUUGACGUCACUUGUUACAGUUAUCUAUAGGCGGUCAAGUAUUUAUAGAUCCAGAAAAGCCUAACCAGUCUGUCUCUACAGCGAAAUGUAUUUGCUAUGUGUAUAGCAUACAUGUACAUGUCUGAGAAUGUGUCCAUGGAAUUCAGAAAGAAUUUGGUAUGUAAUAUUACAACUAGUAUGGGCAAAUUACAACAACACCUGUGCAUAUUACUGUGGAACUAAAUGGUUGCUGUAGAGCUGACCUUGCCUGAUUCCCCCCUUGACAACAAUCUGAACAUUUUACAAUUUCUAAAUUUGCCACUCUGCUUGUUCUUUCACUUCAUUUCUCUACUCUGCUUGUUCAGUUCCACAAUUUUCUGUUUCGCAAAUACUGUUUGCAUAUUGUAUAUUCACACAAUCAAAAUCAAGUUCUCAGUAAUAAGUUUGUGUUUUGCGACUUGGUCUCAUCAUGAUCUGAAUGUUCCACCUAUGACAGAAAUCGGUCAUAGAGUGAGAUGGCAAUGAAGCAUGCAUCGUUACACUGUUGAGGGUUCAAGAAUGGAUCAGAGCAAUUCUAUUAAACAGUAUGGCAUCAAUGGAAAUUCUAUAAGAUUCACAGGAAAACGCUGAAUACAUUUUGUACAGAAGUCUGCUAUUGUGACUGUUUCUUCUGUUGGAACACAUUUUAUAAAUGUUAUGGUAAGUACAAAUAUUAAAGUUUAGAUUGGUAAAUGAAAU